CAAGUGUGCCGGAUCCACGGAACAGUGUAAACAAACAUGGCAACGUCGUUAGAGGAGCGCCUUAAACUUAAGCAAUAUCAAGUAGACACAUGGACAACCAGAGAACAGCUAUGUCUUGCAUCAGCUGUUAUGCGCAGCGGCGACCAGAACUGGGUUGCUGUGAGACGCAAUAUAAAGAUGCUGACUAAUGAAGCCAGUCGACCUCCUGACUGGUAUUCAACAAAAAACUGUGCUCUACAAUAUGCAAAAUUACUGGAGUGUGUAGACACCCCAAAAAGAAAGAGGGAACGAGGAGAUGCAAGCAAUGAAACGCCAGGGGAAAUUGUCACCAAAAUGUUAAGUAAACAGCGUGUAGAAGAGCUCCGUGCAGCUGAAACAGAGGAGCGAUCGGACUAUAACAAACUGAGGCGGGAAAUACAGCAACUUGAGGAUGGAUUACUGGAUAACCAACUUGAUGCAUUUUGGGAGGAAUUACAAAGAGAAAGAGCUGAGCAGGAGGAAGAGGAAAGGAAGCACCAACAGUGGCUUAAAGAACGUGAGGAGAAAAUAACAGCCAUCCAACAAGCUUUGAAACAUCAAGGCCCAAAGGUACCAGUACUGCCUAACAAGAAAAAGCAGAAACUGCAAUGGCCAGGUAGCUCAGGAGGAUUUCCAAUGGGUAGAAGAAACAGCGGGGUCUCAGAAACUUCCUCUGAGGUUGACAGUGCAGUUGACAGUCCAGAAGUAGGCGAGACUGUAACUGAAAGUCUGGCUCCAGAAGAAAAUGUAACACAAGAACCAGAACCAAAGCCAACACCUCCCUCUCCACUGCUGUCUUCACUCCUUAACAAAUCUCCUAUCACUAGUGCAUCAGGAUCUUCUACUUCCCCUUUGCCUCAGUUGAAUCUUGGCAGCAAAAGUGCAAGAGGUAGCGGGGUCUCUCCAGUAUCUAUGGCACUUCAAAACCUGGUUAACUCUGCCAUCUCAGGGACAGAUGCUAACAAAGACACUUCUGCAAAGACCAGUAGAAGCCCAAGUUUAUCAGGAUCAUCAACUUUGUCACGACUUCUAGACCUGCCUCCAAGCAAUCCAGGAGCUGCACUGCCCAGACUACCUGAUAUUAGUGGACCAGUAACUGAGACUAAAGAUGAGGACAGUAGUGGAGAUUCCACAUCACAAAAGAAUGAGGAAGAAAAAAAGGAAGAUAGUAAAGACUGCCCAAAUGUAGAAGAGAUCAGAGAGAAAGAGCAGAAACCUAAGGCAGAUGAAGUACCUAAGGAAGAUGAUACUACAGAAGAAAUGGAGGUGGAAGAGAGCAAGGAAGGCAAAGUUGAAGAUAUCAAAAUGGAAAUGCAAACUGAGGAAAACAAAGGUGAACAAGGUUGGUUUGCAGAAAAUAGAUUGCUUUUUCUUUAAAAAAAUAGUAGAUCAUUAUGGU